AUUGUACUUUGUCGACUCCCGCGUCCUUGAAAUGUUUUUGUUAUAAAACAAAAUCGGAUUUUAAUAUUUUUGCUUUUUGCAAAAUGCGUAUUUAACACAGUUUGGGUUAUUGUUUUUAAUGUAGAUCUUGCAAUUAAUCUCAAACUCGUAGGAAGGCGUUUUGCUUUGGUUGUGGUGAGCUGUAGGUUUAACAGCUGAUCGUUUGUUGUGGUGUAAUGCUUAAUCGCCAAUAAAAUACAUAUACUUAGUCUCUUUAUUUUUAGACACUAAAAUAGCAUGCUUUAUAAAUUAACGAUACCCAACAACAUGUUAGUGCUCGUGGACGAGAAAAACAAGAAGAAGAAAAACAAAACAUUUUUCGCCACGUCAGGAUGAUUUUAUGAAGCUUUAACAAUGUUGUCAACUCGCUCUCCACUGAAAUCCAAGAAUGAAAACGCCGUUUCUGCAAAAAUGAAUAAAAUGUCCUUAGUGGACAAAGAAAAUACGCCACCUAGUCUGAACUCCACCAGAAUCCUGGCGUCCAAAACGGCGCGCAAAAUAUUUGAUGAUUCAGAGGAGCAGACAAAAGCUAGGAAAGUGGCUGUGGAGGAGGAGCCCCUUCUGAAGGAGAACCCCCACCGCUUUGUCAUUUUCCCAAUUCAGUACCAUGACAUCUGGCAGAUGUACAAGAAGGCAGAGGCCUCUUUCUGGACCGCAGAAGAGGUUGACCUGUCCAAAGAUCUUCAGCACUGGGAGUCCUUGAAAGAUGAGGAGAGAUAUUUCAUCUCUCAUGUCUUGGCGUUCUUUGCUGCGAGUGAUGGCAUUGUCAAUGAGAACUUGGUGGAGCGAUUUACACAGGAAGUCCAAGUGACUGAAGCCCGUUGCUUCUACGGUUUCCAGAUUGCCAUGGAAAACAUCCACUCUGAAAUGUACAGUCUGUUGAUCGACACCUACAUCAAAGAUUCCAAAGAGAGAGAAUAUCUUUUCAAUGCCAUUGAGACGAUGCCUUGCGUAAAGAAGAAGGCUGACUGGGCACUCAACUGGAUUGGAGACAAAAAUGCACAAUAUGGUGAGAGAGUGGUGGCUUUUGCUGCUGUGGAAGGAAUCUUCUUCUCCGGGUCUUUUGCAUCUAUUUUCUGGCUAAAGAAGAGAGGACUGAUGCCUGGACUCACAUUCUCAAAUGAGCUUAUCAGCAGAGAUGAGGGUCUUCAUUGUGACUUCGCCUGCCUCAUGUUCAAGCACUUGAUCAACAAACCUUCAGAAGCAACCGUAAAGAAAAUCAUCAUGAAUGCAGUUGAAAUAGAACAGGAAUUCCUGACUGAUGCUCUGCCAGUUAAGCUUAUCGGCAUGAAUUGUGACUUGAUGAAGCAAUACAUUGAGUUUGUGGCUGACAGACUUCUGCUGGAGCUGGGAUUUGACAAGAUCUAUAGAGUGGAAAAUCCUUUUGACUUCAUGGAGAACAUUUCCUUAGAGGGCAAGACCAACUUCUUUGAGAAGCGAGUCGGCGAGUACCAGCGAAUGGGAGUCAUGUCCGGACCCACAGAUAACACUUUCAGACUGGAUGCUGAUUUUUAAAGACUCAAUCUGGGUGCCUGAAUGGACACUUUAAAAGCUAUGAACUCUUUGGACUCUGAGGGGUUUCAACAUCCCUAAUGUCCACAGCUUGUGGAUCUUUUUUUCUUUAACUUUUGUUUUAAUGAUUAAUACUAAAGUGACUUUUUAUUUUUGUUGUUUUAAAUAAUAAUAAAAAGAAACCAUCUA